CCUUUGGAACACUGAGUUACGUCAACUAGUCACGCCCGCAAGGCAUUACGGAACACGUCACUGCGCUCGCGCGUAAGCGGGACGCUAGUCUCGCGUGAGAAGACUUGUCGGAAUUUCUCUACGUCUAGAAUCGUGCUAGGAACCUGCAGUUAACAGCUUUUCGCAGGACAUUAAAAACUUGAGCUGGAUUCUGACCAGGUGAAACCUGUCACUGAUUCACACCAUUACUGUACUGUUUCAAGUGGUACAGGAAUGAAAAAGAAUAUGAAGAUAUUGAACUACAUGCAUCUUUUUACUGUCACAGUAUUGUAACGUCUCUGAGCAGCUUUGAAGACAUCAAGGGACAAGUUUUAUAAAGGGGGAGUUUUUUUGUUUUAUAGGUGAAGAAUAUCUGACUUCUUGGAUUGGAACGUUCAUAGUUAUUAAUUUUUUCUUUUAUUAACGUAUAUUUUUCAUGUGAGAAUCCACACUUUUUAUGUUGUGAAUGGAUGUCCAAGAAGCUGGGCUGAACUUAUUUUUCAUUCAUAGUAACAAUACAGCAUAGCUGUCAAGCAGCAUUUUUAGCUGCCAAGCCUCCUUCUUUUUUUUUUUUUUUUUUUUUAAAAAAAACUUCAUCCAACGGACUGCUGUCAUUUUGUGUGGUAUAUUUCACUGUGCAAAGCCAGGCCUUGUUCUUCAGUUUGAUUGCUUCCUGCUUCUACAAAUUAAUUCUCCGAAUUACUGGUUCGUUUGGCAAACAGGAGGAAGCACAGGUUGACGGCUGAAUGAUUCAUUAAGGCUGCUAAGUUUUUUCUUUGCUUACAAGCUGUUGGAAAAACAAGCAGCUUUUGGCAACCAAAAAGGUCCAAGUCCUGUUACCAGUGAAUCCAACUGCACGCCAGUAUGUCUAAUCAAGGGGAAGACUGCUACUUUUACUUCUACUCCACCUGCACCAAGGGAGAUGACUGUCCGUUUCGGCACUGUGAGGCUGCUGUUGGGAGUGAAACUGUAUGUACUUUGUGGAAAGAAGGACAAUGCUUUCGGCAAAUCUGCAAGUUUCGCCACAUGGAAAUGAAUAAGAAGCGCAGUGAGAUACCUUGUUAUUGGGAAAACCAGCCCUCCGGUUGUCAGAAAGGAAAUUGUGCUUUUCAUCACACCAAGGGUCGAUUUGUGGAUGGUGUUUUUAUGCCUCCAAGCAAUUCAAGCUUACCAAAACCUGAACCAUCCACAGUGGAACCACCUACUUCCCAGCUCUCACUGACCCAAGUCAAGCUUUCAGUGGCCUCCGCACCACAGAUACGUGGGGUAAAGAAGAUUGAGGCAAAUGAAAAUAUACCAAGUCCCACCCACCCACCUGUGGUAAUCAAUGCUGCGGAUGAUGAUGAGGAUGAUGAUGAUCUGAUUUCUGAGGAAGGAGAUGAGAUGAAAAACACAGGUCAACUUCACUCCUCUUCCAUUGCUCAUCAAGGGACUCGUAUUAUAUCGACACGGAAUUCUGCAACCCCCCAAAAAAUUAUCAAAGAUACUUCUUUGAACUUUGGUAUUAAAACUUUGGAAGAAAUAAAACUGAAAAGACAAAAGGGAGAACAAAAUUCCCAAGCAGAUGCUAUGGAUGGUUCCUCCAUUCAGACAGCUCCAGGAGAGGAUAUGAUUGUGCGCACUGUUUCAUUCUAUGCAAAAGAUAAAUCCAGUAUGUGCCUUAGCUUGGCUCAACGUCUUGGAAAGCGUACUGCACCUACAGAGGAAAACCCAUUGGCUGAUUCUGUUGGAGAAUGUGUUCCUUCUGCAAAGAAAAGCCUCCAUCAAAGACUGGGAAGGAGAAUAACACCACAUGGAAUAGGCAUUGACGCAAAGAAAGUUCGGAGCCCCCGACCUUUAAAAGAGCGAUUGGGUUUACCCACAGAACAAAACAGCGUGGAAACAGAGAAGGCAGCCAGACCAGCUCCUGAGUUUCAUAUUAAGACACUGCAAGAAAUUCAGCAAGAGAAAGCCAAUCAGAAACAACAGCAGAAAUCUGAACUCUUGCCAUGCAAAAGCAAAGUGACUUUGAAUGCAGAAACAGGAGUUGCACCUAAAAUGCAGCCCAGUCUGCACAUUAAGACAUUUUCUGAAAAAGAUGCAGAGAAAAGGCAUAGGCAGCUGAAAGUAAAGACACAUGUAAGCCAAGAGGAAAAAAAAUACAAGCUUGGAAGUCAUAGAGAUGAGAUACACAAGAAUGAUCAUGGCACCAAGAGACCAAGGACUGAAGAGCAACAAGGUGAAGCUGGAAAGGAAGUAAAUCCAGUAAAGACCACACUGACUGAGAAUGUUCAUAAUAAAAAGGAGAUGAAGUCAGAAUUAAAAGGGAAUUAUGUUGCUGGCCCAGUUAACUUAAAAAGGCCACAUUCCAGUCUGUCCCCACCCCGUAGCAGUGCACAGGAAGCUAAAGGCACAUCCCAAUCCAUAGAACAAGUGCGAGUCAAAACUCUAGAAGAGAUUAGGCGUGAGAAGGCACAGAGACUGCAGCAAGUCAGCAAGCAAGAAAAAACACAAAGUGAAGAGUCUCAGCCACAACCACUAUCCAAACAUAAGAGAAUUCUACGAAUCUCUAAACCAGCAGGCAACAGAGAAAAAAUAAAGAAUGAAACAGAAUCAAAUUCUGGCAAUUCUUUGAAGGUAACAUGUGUCAAGCCAUCCCCAAAGAAGCUUGAGGAGGAGAUGGACAAAUCAUAUUUACAUCCCCUAGAAUCGCAGAGAUUAAAAAAAACAAGUGUUAAAUCUAGUCUGGACGUAUCCAAUACAGAACAUACUAAACUAUCUGGGACAGAUCUAGAGCAAACUCAUGAAGGCAAAACAAAAGAAAAGCCAAAAGUGAACAUCGAACCACAUGUGGUUAAAAAAAAUUUACCGUCCAAAAGUACAAUAAAAGUGAAAGUACAAGAAAUCCCUGCAGUUGCUGCUGUGCAGCCAUUGAGUCCUGUAACCGUGUCUGCUAUGUCAGAGCAUGAAUCGACAAUAUCUGUAGUUCCUGAGGCAUCUCUCCCAGUGGACCAUCCAAUUGUCAGCUUGUCGAGCAAGCAUCUUAAUGAAAGUGAGCCUGCUACACCUGCGCCAUUUGUACCCAACAUUGCGAAAUCCCGAAGAACAAGCACUGCGUCAGCAGGGAAAUCAAAUUUAUCUACAGAGGAUGAAUUUGAUAAACUUAUCUGGGAGAUCUCCGAGGGGAAAUUGGAGGCUGAAAUCGAUCUUGACCCAAGUAAAGAUGAAGAUGAUCUCCUGUUAGAACUAUCAGAAAUGAUUGACAGUUGAGAGCAAAUGGGAGAGGCAUAUGAAUCCAGGGAAGGAAGAAAAGUUCCUGAAUUUUAUGCCACCCUGUAUUAUUAUUUGCACCAUAACUGGCCUAGGCCUAUGGUUAAUGGCUUGAGAAGAACAUGUGCGCUGUAUAUAAUGCUUUGUGGCAGCUACAUUUCCUGCCAGACCACUCUCUGUGCUCCUUCAUUUGAAAUCCUGGCCUGCAGGUCCCAGCAAGAGCAUGGGCUUACCAUUACUUUGGUCAGAUAAAAAUUUUUUUUAUUUUCUUCUUCUGAAAGAGCUCCUUAUUUACAUACCAAUAUAUACUUGUAGAUGAAUAGGCAAAAAAUUGUUUCUCGAUGUUUUGGAAGUGUCCGUCUCAAUCAGCCACUUUAUGUUGUGUAUAUUCAUGUUGUGGUUUCUGCUUUCAGAAUGUAAAUUUUUUUGUUUUUAUGCUCCAGUCACUGCCCUCGUGUAAAACCAUCAUCCAAUUUGUUUUAACUCUAUUUUGCUGAGGAGGGAGCAUUGUUUUAACUGUAUGGAUUAAAAGUUUUGAUUUUUUAAUGAUUGUGUUAUCCCUGAAUACAAAUUUUCAGCAGUUGUGUAGGUUCUGUUAAUGGUCGUGGAUACGGACCUCUUUUUUUGUUGGAUGGAUCUGCAGGUCCAUAUACGCAAAUUCAUGUUAAAUAUGAGAUACACUUUAAGUGUCUGAAAGUGAACCUAUAGCUAAAAUAUAUAUAUAUAUCUGUGUAUUGUCUAGAUUCGGAACCUGUUCUAGUCUACUUUGCAAUUCUCUGUCAAGUGCUAGCAACAACAAAAAAUUCCUGUAUAUUUGCAAUGAAAAAAAUGUUGCAUAUUUGUGAAUUAUUUGGUAUUUAGCUAGAAAAUAAUUGUUCAUGUUUUACUUUUUAUUUUCAAUCAUUUUAUUGUUACGUUUCAAUACUAACAUUUUCACCUAAUAUACAUUUACACAGUACAAGGUUUCUAAUGUUACUAUUUCACAAUUGGGUUUUAAAUUAAGGUAAAUGAAAAUGAAACAUACAAACAAAAAACCCGUUCAGCUUUCUGCUUUUGAAGGGGAGGUUAUUUUUUUGUGGCUGACUGAUAGAAUGUCAAAGGUAUGUCUGAAUGCCUGAACCAAAUAAGGAAUGAAAUGAAAACAUUAGAAGCAGAAGUCGUCUGGGUUUGCGGUUCCAAUUUAUGCGAUUUCUCAACUGAAGCAUAUGAUAUAUUAUAUAGAAGUGGCAUCUCUGCAAAGUAAUUUCUUAAUUCAAGUGUGUUGUAUAUUGCUCUUCCUGUUAAGGGGGGGGGGCCCGUCUCCCCCAACACAAAAAGCUGUACAAUAAAAUUGAUUUUCAAUUUAAA